AUGAGAUGUGUAACAUACAAAUGUGUAUUAAUAUUUAUUAUAAUAAAAUGUGUCAAAUCACAAGACAAUAAUCCUGAUCAGCCUGCUGAUGAAGAGGAUGAGGAGGACAACUUUGAAGUUUUAGACCUAGAUAAAAUCAUUCAACAACGACUUGAUCGUUUUGAGGAUCCUCAAUAUCAACCUCAACCAGAACCUCAGUAUCAACCUGAACCAGAUCAAUAUCAACAAGUAUUACAGUAUCAACCUGAGACAACAUAUUAUCAACAAGAAUUAUCAGUAUAUCAACCUCAACAGUAUGAUCAGUAUCAACCUCAACAUUAUCAAUCGUAUCAAGCACCAACUCAUCCUACAGGUCAACAAUAUGUUGGUUAUCAAUAUUAUGAACAAUCAGGAGUUAGUCAACCAGGUCAAUAUUAUAUACCUCCAGUAACUCAACCUACUCAACAACCAAGUUAUCAAAAUUACUACCCUGGGUAUCCUCCACAUCAACCAUCCUAUCAACAUCAGUAUUACGAACCUCCAGUAACUCAACCUGCUCAACAACCAAGUUAUCAGUAUUAUUUACCACCACCGACUCAACCACAACAACCACAGUAUCAGUAUUAUCAACCUACUACUACUCAAACAGAAGUAACUCAGCCCCCUCAUACACAACCACAAACAAUAGAAGACUAUGAUAAUUUUUAUGUGACAGAACAAGAUCAACCACAACAAGUACCUACUGCAGCUGAUACUGGAUUUACAUAUGGACCAACUCAACCUACACAACCAACUCCAAUACCACCUACACAACAUGUACCACCAACUACUCAAGAACCUACUCAACAGUCAAUUAAACCACAAAAGAAACCAAGAAAAAGAAAAAGAACUCAAACUACAAGUGGAGAUGAAGAAGAAGAAAAACAAGAACGAAUACCUAAAAGAAGAAGGUGUAGGCAAAUUGGAAAAACUAAAAACAUCAAAUUUUAUAAAAGAAAUAAUUUGGGAAAUCUGGAAGAAAUGAAUGUUAACGAUUAUCUUAUUACAUUUAGUGAUAAAAAGAGAAAAGAUUAUGAGUUCAUUGCAGAACUUGAGCAGCUACAUUGUAAAAAUGAGGUUAUCUACGAACAUAUAGAUGGAACGCCAUAUUGUUCAUUAUUAAGUCAAAGCAGAGAAACUAAUGUUUUUGCACUUACCAAUAGUCAAGGAUUUACAUUAAUUAGGAAAACUAAAGGAGGAUGGACAAAAAAUGAUUAUAAAAUUCCAGAAAAUAUAAAACUACUCACACAAGAUUCUUUAGGCAAUGAAGUUAUAAUAACUGCUGAUCAAUAUAGUAUUCAUUUUACUUCAAACGGAUCUUUUAGAUAUGUAUUGCUCACAGGUGUAAAAUGCUGUAAAAUUAUAGUUGAGGGUCUGAUUGCAUGGGAAAAAACUGAUGAGGAUGAUGCACAUCCCACAAUUAUUUAUUUAUCAGAACAAUUGACUGUUACAGUUAAGUUUGAAAAAUAUACUAAGAUGUUCGAAAGAAGGACUAAGUACUAUAAACUCACAGAUAUGAGACUAAACGUUAGGAAACCUAAAUAUAUCUAA